AUGAUUUCCUUAGGGGGGCAAAAGAAAAGUAUGAGUGGCCAAGAACAAAAACUUGAAGGUUCCAAUGAAAGAAGCACUAGAAAUAAUGAAGUUGAAAGAAAACAUUUGAAAGUGGUUACUUUGAAAAGGGUUUAUUUAUUAAGGUUUGCAUAA